AUCAAAAAAAAAAAUUAAAUAAAAACAAAUCUUAAAAUAUAUAUAGAGAGAAACAGACGACAGACAGACAUAAAUGAAUUUAAGAGGAUAAAGAACCUCUGUGCCGGCUCACAGUUCAGAGAUCUUGUUCCCAGUCAGCAGCGCCACUGCUGUGGCCUGAGUCCAGACUGAAGCAUUAUGGCAGAAAGACCUGAGGAGGGGAGGUAAACAAGGCUGUGGGCAUGCAGAGGCAGAGAAGACAUGCCCUCGGUGCCCACUUCCCCUUACAGCCCUGAACUCCAUGGGUUAGCCCUGGUGAUGUCCAGCCCCCCAAUAACGCUGCCCCCUACCCCCGUCCCCGCCUCGGACCAAGCCUUCAUGGACCACCAUCUGGAAGACACUUCAAAUACAGACCACAACAGGAGAAAGCCUGCCACCAGUCUUUGCCCGUUCUCUUCCCCCUCUGUCACCCUUACCUGUCCUUGGUCAGCCAAGGCAAACUCCCACACACCCCUUCUGUGUGGUCCCUCAAGGUCAACCACCACCCUGGGUGUACCUGCAGGUGCAGUGCAAAGAGCUGCCACUAGGGGGAGCAUCCACCCGCUGUCGCCUGACAUCAGAUCACACCCAGUUGAUGGCCCUGAGGAUGCUCACCAGGGUCUUGCUGUCCUCAGGGCAGCUCUCCUGCCUCACCCUCCCAGGGCCUGGCAUCGACCAUAUUUUGGAAACCCAGGCUUUUUGUCUCAAGUCAGGAAGGGACCCCUCUCCUUCUGUCUCGUGUGCAAUUGGAAAUUUCCACCUUCUGGUCCAAAGUGGCUGCUCUAGCACCUACCAUAGUAAUUACCUUUGAGUGUAUGAGAAGCAAAAGAAAUUAGCUUCUUGAUAAGCCCAUGUGUGCAUGAACCAUUCUGAAAUCAAGACUGGGAAGGAGAGCCAGGGUGGUGGUGGCAGCGGCCCACGCCUUUAAUCCCAGCAUUCCACAGGCAGAUCUCUGUGAGUUCCAGAGGCCAGUCUGGUCUACAGAGUAGUUCCAGGACAGCCAGGGUAACACAGAGAAACUCUGUCUCCGAAUAAGCUAAGCCAGGCAUCCUCGUCACUAACUUCCAAAGCAGGGCAGCCACCGUAGAGUGUCCCUUCACCAGAGAAGAUGGCUGUAGUGUAUGGAAUUUUCUUGGGGUCACCAACCAGCUCCCAAAUAAAGACAGAGACUUAUUAUUAAUUAUGAAUGCUCAGCCUUACCUUAGGUUUG